CGCGCCAUUACCCGGCGGAAGCGGGAUUCCAGCUGAGCAGCAAGCCAAGUAACAGCUGAGGAAAAUGUGAUCUCAACGCAGCCAGCAACACUUGAAACAUUCCCAUUAGCUGUCAGUCCAUGUAGAGGGGCACCAAACGCAGCAAAGCGUAGCCAAUCACAGCAGCCGUUAUGGCCUUAAAACCUGUGUUAAAGUUAAAAAUUGAUGAGCUGUUUUUGCGGUGGCUGAGUGAGACAGACACGCAGCAGUUACUGAGGGAGAACCUGAGGCAGAUUGUGAAAGGGGAACCAAUCACGUCAUGGCCCCCAGGAACGGGAAACAUCAAAAGUUCACGACCUGCAUCGCCAAGAAUUCGUCCAUCCUCUCCGUCCACCCCGCCCUGUUCCCCGCCCCCAGGGAAAUCAUCCCCCAGUCCCAGGAGUCCCAGGAAAGCGUACAACUUCAGCAGCAAGAUCAACGCCAGGACGGCACAACUGCAGAACUCCAAGGAACAAAAAGAAAAAGAAAGAGAAAUCAAGGAACAGGAGAAAGACCAGAAGAAGACACAGCCCCAUUCUCAACCAGCACAAUCUCAAUCUCACCAAACACAAUCGCUGCAGCACUCGCAGCAGAGACAUCCGCGGUUACCUCAGUCCUCACGCGUACCUAAGUUUUACUUUCCCAUGGGACCGCCUGUGGCGCGGGAAGAGAACGACGCCAUGCUGCAGAGAGUGGCCGAAGUUUUUUCUGCAGCAGAAGGAGCGAAGAUUUAUAAACAUCAGAUGGAGAUGGUGACUAAAGCCUGUGAUGUACCAUUCUAUUGGAAAAGUCUCAUAUUCAACUCAGCUGGAGGAGACAAAUAUGGGUUCAUUACACUACAGUCUUUCACUGUUUUAUGGAAAAAACUUACUGCCAAUUGCCAUGACGAUGCAGCAAGAUUUGUCAGUCUUUUAGCAAAACCAGGGUGCUUUUAUCUGACUACAGAGGAGUUUGUGCCAUUAAUACAGGAUGUUGUGGACACACAUCCAGGGCUCACUUUUUUACAAGAUGCACCUGAAUUCCACUCUAGAUACGUACACACAGUAAUAGCUAGGAUAUUCUACUGUGUAAAUAGAUCAUGGUCAGGUAGAAUAACAGUACACGAACUGAGGAGAAGUAGCUUUCUGCAGGUUUUAUCAAUAUUAGAAGAUGAAGAAGACAUCAACCAAGUCACAGAAUAUUUCUCCUAUGAACAUUUUUAUGUAAUCUAUUGUAAGUUCUGGGAGUUAGACAAGGACCACGAUCUCUUCAUCAACAAGGAGGAUCUGGCCAGACACAAUGACCAUGCAAUCUCUACACGGAUGAUAGACAGGAUUUUCUCUGGUGCUGUGACGAGAGGCAAGAACAUUAUGGAAGGCAAGAUGAACUAUACAGACUUUGUCUGGUUCCUGCUGGCAGAGGAAGACAAAAGACAGCCCACCAGCAUCGAAUACUGGUUCCGCUGCAUGGACCUGGAUGGGGAUGGCGUCCUCUCCAUGUAUGAGCUGGAGUAUUUCUAUGAGGAACAGGUUCAGAAGAUGGAAGCAAUAGGAAUAGAGCCACUGCCAUUUGAGGAUUGUCUAUGUCAGAUGCUGGAUUUAGUAAAACCAAGGGACACCACAAAGAUCACAUUGGGAGAUUUGAAGGCAUGCAAGCUUACACAUAUAUUCUUUGACACCUUCUUCAACCUUGAGAAAUACUUGGACCAUGAGCAGAGAGAUCCAUUUGCCAAUGCUAGGGACCUGGACAGUGAAGGCCCAGAGGUGUCUGACUGGGACCGCUACGCCGCUGAGGAGUACGAGAUCUUGGUGGCUGAAGAGGGAGGUGUAGAGAACCCUGAUGAUAUUCAAUAUGAAGAUGACUUUGAACCAGAUGAGGAUGAACUUGUAGCACUGGAAGCAGAAAAACUCCAACUUUUGGACCCACCCAUUAAAAAGGGGAAGCCAGCGGGUGUCUCGGACAUAGAAGAUGACCUAUAUGACUUCACUAAUGAAGAUCUGGGCUAUUGACAAUGACACAGUUAAUUCAAGGUGAAGCUCUAGUAAAGUAGACCUGUAUGCCACAGUACUGGAUGGCAUUGUGAUUUAAGAUCCUGCUAUGAAAAAGUUCACAGUUGCAAAACUGACUGACUAUGGGGAUCGCCUUUAUGGAAGAUUUGAGCAAUUGUUGGUCAAAUAAGAUCUCAUAAAUAAACAGUAAAAUUGAUACCUGUGAAGAAGAUGUCUGCCCUUUGUUACUUACACUUCAUAAACCUGUGAAGUCCUACAGAUGUUAACAAGGUAUGGAAUAGUAUAGAAUUUGUCCCACUUUACUAUGUAGACGAGUAGGAAUGAGCCUGUAAUUCUACAAAUCACUGUUGUUAGCAUGACACAGAAUAAAGAUCUUUCCACUUUUCCACCUAAGACAUGAAAUGGUGGACUUACAAAAGCAAAAAGAAAAAAUCACGCAUGUUGGAGGAUUAUCAUACUGCAAAAUUGCAAUGCUCAUGGACAAGUACUUUGUAUGCACUCUGUACUCAUGGAUAAGUAUCAAGCAAUGAGUAAAAAGUACACUGUUGACAUCAGGCAUAAUGAGGUGUGCCCUGGAUCUUUGUGACCUCAGUCAUUUAUUUUAUGUAACAACAGGAAGGUAAAUAGCAGUGAAAAACUGAUUUAGUCAAAGAUGAAGAUGGCUAUCAAUAUGUCAAGCUGCAGUGAUGGCUUCAAGGUGUUAGACAGUCUAAAAACCAGAGCCACCAUUCACGUAUUUAUCAUAAAAACUUGACUGGUUUAAGUGAUAUAAUGUGGCUGAGGGUGCAGCUACAGUGGUGCCAUAUAUGAUUGUGUUCAGGCCUGUAUGCCAAAGAUAAAAAUGGCUGUCAAGAAAGUGCAUGGCAAAGACUUUUUAAAUGCGUGUGUCAAAAAUCUAGCUAAUUUAACCAAUGGUUACUUGAGUGGAAAGUAAUAAUAAAAAAAAAACAACGGGCAAUAUUGUAUAUCUCAUUAUUAGAUAAAUUAUAAAAAUCAUCGGCCCAUUUCUAUAGAAUUGUCAGCUUUGGAUAAGAUGGAAAGAACUGA